CUCUUUCGGCCAUCAUCCAAUCCGUCAUCCCCCCAAUCAUCUCAGCAAUCUCAUUCAUUACCUGAGUGAUUCGCGUCCCUUCAGCGAGGAUGGGAGGCAAAGUGAGUCGUGAUGUGAUGCUCACCCCCGCCCCCGAGCCCUCCUCGUUCAUCGCCAUAUGCACCAACACAAGCAGAGGCCUUUGCUUGCUGCACUUCCCGGCCGGGCUGCGCGAGAGAGCCAUCGCUGUCGUGAGAACCCAUUGGACAGACGGCGGCAACGUCAGUGUGGAGCAGUUCGGGGGAUGCACCAAGUGAGCAAAUGGAAGAGAGAGACCUCAAGAGUUGUCAUUGCACCGGGUGGACAUGGAUGAGUGAGUGUCUGUCAGGUUGAAGCUCGGGAGUGGGAUGUUCAGCACCCCGUGGAGAAGCACAAACACGGUCGGUGCGGCAGGGAGGGGUGGUGGCAUAUGUGUCCCUGUGUCCCUUUCUGUAUGUGUGAGCGUGACGACUGUGUGGGGUGUGGAUUAAUGCAGGACGGUUGCGGGACUCGUGUGGCGAUCGCCCGGAUGCUGGCGGCCUUGCUGCACACGCUGGCGCAGGACGGCUACCUGCCCUACGCAUCCACACAGAUACACAGAUGCAGAUCCAUUCAGGUGCCCGACGUGAUCAUCCUGAGAAGACGCGAUCCUCCGCCCUACGCCCCCCCGAUGGACAUCAAUAAACCGACCGAGGAGGACCAAUAUCCGUCCCACCAGCAGCAUCAGCAGCAGCAGACCGAGCCCUACUUCGCCAUCGGCCUCAACGACGAUGACACUUUGCGGCUGAUCCAGGCGCCACCCGCCCUUGUGGACGCCAUCCCUUCGCUCAUCCAGCAGUUCUGGGGGGGAUCGUUCAAGCGCAAAGAUCGAAGAGCCAACACCAACAGCCAGGUGAAUGUGGUUGAGGGGAUAGACAGGACGGGCCUGUUAGCGGGGAGGAGCCAGCCGGCGGAUGUGGUGGACUUCCGUUUCAAUGGGUCGCCAUGGCAUGCGGACGGAGACUCGGCUGUUACUGCACGGCAGGUACGCCCCGCCGAGAUGCGGGGCAUCUCCAUGUACCCAUCUCUCUGUCUGUCUGUCUGUCCGUGUAUGUGUAUGUCAGCUGAUGUGUGGGCUGUUGACCCAUCUGUGGCAGCUCAACUACGACCUGCUGUGUGCAGUGUCCCUGAACACCAGCUGCGGCCUCUCCACACUCAUCAUGGGAAAGAGUGAGGGCAUCCAGGGCGACGGGCGGGACAUCAUGGCCCUGGCCAUGAGCCGCAACGACACACUGCGGCUCUUCAAUGCGCCCCAGGGCACACCCGCUGUAGGUGAGUGGGCCGACGUGCCACACGCGCGCAGGGAGUGAUCAAGAACAUGAACUUGUUGCUAUCCACCAGUGCGUUUGUGCAUUGAGCGGCAUUGGACGAGAGGCAUCAAGUCGACGAUGGACAGCGUCAGCGGGGCCACAGCCAUUCCUUGCAUGGAGUUCCGGAUGAACGGAAACCCUUGGUACGCAACUCCCCCCACCCCCACCCCACCCCGCACACACACACACCCCUCACCCCAACAAGCAUGUGCUCUCUUGUGUGCCUUUCUUUUGUUUUCCAACUCCCACCGUAUGCAGGUGGUGUUCCAAGUGGCACAUGGCGUCCACCGAGGCGCGCAACAUGAUGGCGGCCAUCCUGGAGGACCUCAUGCAGAAGGGCUGGCUGCCAUUGGGCAAGGCCGCCGGCAGCAUCAAAAUGACCGUCAAAGAGGCCGACACGUCCUUUAUGGUCUUCACACAAAAGACGGACGAUGAUUACCACGGCAGCCGACGAGCCACUGGUCCGCUGAUAUGGGUCGGCCUGUUUAACCGACACCUGGUGCGUGUGGGGGGGCCGGGGAGCGUCGUGCCUCCGCAGCCGGUGCUCGAGGCCAUCAGGCGCGCCCUGCAGUACUGGCCCACACAGAAACCCCCAUACGAGCAGGUCGAUCACCGGACCACCACACACACACAGAGAGAGAGAGAAAUGUACCCACUCGGCUGCUUUUCCCCUUGUGUGCCUCUGUCUGUGCUGUGUGUAUCAUCAGGGGCGUCUGUCAUGCUGGGAGUUUCGCCUGUCUGCCGGGUCGCCUUGGCACAGCGGCAACACCGACUGCGUGCAUGCCUGUCACGUCGUGAUGCGGCUCUUUGACGAGAUGUAUCGGUGCGGGUGGGAGGUCUGUGCGGCCGUCGACAUGGCCAAGGCAAUCUGGGCAAACGAUCAGGGACCGGGGAGUAAGAUAGACUGCGACACGUGGUUCUUUCGACAGAGAUGGGGAGAGGGAGGCUGGGGUGCAGAGAUGGUGAGCGGGGCGCAGUGACUGUCUUUUGGUCUCUAGGCUAGUG